GUACUGGUUCAAGUGUUUGUUUUUUAUGGUGGGUCCAUCUGGUUUUUGUCUAAAGAUAGUCUGGUUUGCUCUAAUUGUUGAACAAUGGAAGAUUUUAGCCGUGGAUUUCGUGUGCUGAUCAUUCAAUUGUGGGUUUUAUUUUAUGCUUUAAAUUUUGGGCGAAGUUUGCAGCUAUUAAAGAAAAAUUUGGGCGAGAAAUCCGUGUGUUCGAAACAUCAGCAGCUUCUCCAUCAUCACAUGAAGUGUCCAAUAGUGCAGAGGAGACAGAUGACUUCUAUGAGUUUACUGCUGAGGAUUAUUAUCGAAUUUCAGCUUCUAAAAAGGAAGUGUACAGAUAAAUUCUUGAAGACACGGAAAAUUCGAGAAGCAGAAGAAGUGGCUCGCAGGUCAAAAAUAACAAAGGCUGUCAUUAGGGUUCGCUUUCCUGAUCAUCACACAUUAGAGGUCACAUUUCAUGCAUCAGAAACAAUUCAGAGCUUGAUCGAUCUUCUCAAGAAAGUGGUUACUCGACCAGAACUGCCAUUCUAUAUAUAUACUGCUCCUCCUAAGAAGCAGAUAACAGACAUGUCACAAGAUUUUUACAAUGCUGGCUUUGUUCCCGGAGCAAUUGUGUAUUUUUCUUAUGAUCUACGAGAAGAUGAUGAUUCUACAGAAGCAAACUCAGCUCCCUUCCUUCAGGAAGAGAUCAUGUCUUUGAAAGAUUUGGACUUUAGUACUGAGCAGAGCCAGCAGGCAGAGGCUGUUCAGUCUGCACCAGAACCUGUACCAGUAACACCCACCCCUGUCGUUCAAGAACAAAAACCUGCAGGGAAAAAACCUGUUAAGCCCAAGUGGCUGAAAAUGUGAUUACGCCGACUCUGGAGGCAACCUCAAACAAGUAACCCCGACAGUCGUGACAUAUUGAUAUCUCCCUUAUGUUUCAUGAAGGUUUGUGUUGUGCCAAAGUUGAAAUGCCUCCGUCCGUUGGAAAGAACAUGGCUGGAUAUUUUCUUUUUCAUCUCACCUUUUAAAUGGGUUUCUGUUUCUUUUCAAUGCUGGCAAUGGCUCCCUUUGCCGUCAUACUAUGACGUGACUUGACCUGAUAUGUUAUCAAUAUAAAUCAGGAUAGUUUUAAA